CGACUCCAUCACCCCUCUCAUUGCACGCACACCGUUCCGCUCCGGCCUCUCCGCUCGCCUCCUUCCUAGCUCCCUCCUCCCUCCCCCACCAUUGACGUAGCCUAGCCGGUGACUUCCGGUGAGAGGGCACAGUGAUUAGUUGGCUAGAUCAUCAGGAUGCGGAUGAGCUGCAACGGCUGCCGCGUGCUGCGCAAGGGGUGCAGCGACACCUGCGCCAUCCGGCCGUGCCUGCAGUGGAUCCGCAGCCCCGACGCGCAGGGCAACGCCACCGUCUUCCUCGCCAAGUUCUACGGCCGCGCCGGCCUCAUCAACCUCAUCACCGCCGGCCCCGAGAACGUCCGACCCGCAAUCUUCCGGUCCCUGCUGUACGAGGCCUGCGGCCGCAUGCUCAACCCGGUGUACGGCUCCGUCGGCCUGCUCUGGUCCGGGAACUGGCAGCUCUGCCAGUCCGCCGUCGAGUCGGUCCUCCGCGGCAUGCCCAUCGCGCAGCCGCCGCCCGCCGCCGCCACGGCCGUCCCGCCUCUCCGGACCUGCGACAUCCGCCACGUCGCCAGGAGACAAGCCGCUGACCAAGGCGCCGUGGCCGCCGCCGCCCUCCACCGGAUGGCCAACAGCUCCCGCGGCCAAUUCAAACGCUCCGGCGGCGGCGCCCACAGGUCGUCGGCAGCAGGUUGCGGCGACUCCGCCAUCGAGCUCGUCUUCUCCCAGCCGGCGGCCGCCAUGCUGGCCGACGUCCGGCAGGCGCAGCCGCUGAACUGGGCGCCGCGGCAGCCCAGCCAAGAGUACUCCGCAGGGAGCCUUGACGCCGCGCCGGAGACCGAUAGCAACGCCUCCGGGGACACCGUCGAGGUCUCUCAUGUCAGUCAGUCCGAGCCGGAGCCACCAAGGGAAAGCGAUGAGCGCGCGGAUGGCCUGGAUCUCACGCUAGGCCUCCCCCCGACGGCGCACAAGACAGAGCCGUCAGACUUUGACGACGAGCAGCUUUGUCACAGAGGCGAGCCGCGGGUGAAGCUCGGCUUGGCGAUGGAUUCUAUUUCUAGAGCUAGAUAAUGGAGUGUCAUGCAUAUGUUAUCAUGUGGGGCUUUUGUGAUUGACAGAGGAACGACGACCAUGUAUUUAUCCAUCCGUAGGAGUCUUUUUCACUUCCUCUGGUUUUGAAGACAUCGUCUAACAACAGUUCUGAGUGCAGAUCCUUUUUUUGCCUUUCUGAUGAUGUAUGAUACUCCGUUUUUUACUUCAGAUGUUUGCGGUGACGUAUGUCAAAUCGUA